AGUCAGUAUCAGGCGUUUUGAUUGGUCUUCCUGUCAGCCAAUAGCAGCAGGUAUUCGUCGUGUUUCCGGGUUCUUCUUUUCCAUGUGACUUGUGAAGUUUCUCAGCACCAUCAUGCUUCGUCGAGAGGUGAGACUGAGGCGGGAGUACCUGUACAGGAAGGCUCAAGAGGACCGGCUGAGAACAAUCGAGGAGAAGAAACAGAAGAUAAAGGGCGCUCUGGAGGAGAAUCGUCUGAUUCCAACUGAAGUACGGAGAGAAGCCCUGCAGCUGCAGAAGCUUCUGGACUAUGAUGACCAAGGGGCAGAAGGUGUCAGCUCACAUGUGGACGAUGAGUACAAGUGGGCCGGAGUAGAAGAUCCAAAAGUCAUGGUCACAACGUCCAGAGACCCGAGCUCUAGACUGAAGAUGUUUGCCAAGGAGGUGAAGCUGAUGUUUCCUGGAGCUCAGCGCAUGAACAGAGGAAACCAUGAGAUUGCUGCUCUGGUUCGAGCCUGUAAAGCUAAUGAAGUUACAGACCUCAUCAUCAUCCACGAAACAAGAGGACAGCCAGAUGGUCUGGUUGUGUGCCAUUUACCGUUUGGACCUACGGCCUACUUCACGCUCUACAACGUGGUGAUGAGACACGACGUUCCUGAUAUCGGCACCAUGUCAGAGGCCUACCCCCACCUCAUUUUUCACAACUUCACCUCACGACUCGGCAGAAGGAUAUCAAAUAUCCUCAAGUAUCUGUUCCCUGUACCCAAGGAGGACAGCAGGCGUGUGAUCACGUUUGCCAACCAGGAGGACUUCAUCUCUUUCAGACAUCACACCUACAAAAAAACUGACCACAAGAACAUUGAACUGACGGAGGUGGGACCACGUUUUGAGAUGAAGUUGUUCAUGAUCAAACUGGGAACUCUGGAGAACGAGAGCACAGCUGAAGUUGAGUGGCGUCACCAUACAUAUACACACACGGCUAAGAAGAGGAGGUUCCUCAGUGUGCAGUAGAGAGGAACGGCGACGGAAUCAACAGAGCAGUAGUGGAGAGCCGCCUGGAGGAUCUCUGGUUUUCAUGACAAACUGGAAACUUUGCUCAUCAGAAGCAUCUUGUCAUCCAUCAGCGAGAUUUGUGGUGUCACCUAAUCAGUCAGACCCCUGCUGUUAUCAGCCUUUCCAUUUUAUAAUAAAAUAUCUUUAAUUGA